AUGGUCAUCCUCUGCAGCGGCGUGAAUUGUGCCGGUACCUGCGACUUCCUAACUGGGCCCGACCAGAACGUCUGCUAUAGCAUUCCCCUGAACAACAAUGUUUCGGAGUACGGGUCGAUCAUGGCCUACGUUUGCUUCUACUGCUUGUCCACCUACCAGGUCUACAUGGCUACCGCUGGGUGCGCAGAGUCUGUGCAGCUCGAGCAUAAUGUGUGCUACAAUACUUCGUACGACGGCAUGCUUGGGUAUUACCAGACAUUCUACAUCUUGUCUUGA